CCCGUCUGGACCCAGAACAUCUUUGCUUGUCUUCCCUCCUCCCUGGCCCUCUCUAAUCUCUGGGUUUCUCUGGUCGUCUGUCCCUGCUGACAGCUUCCUUCCCCACAGCCUGUCCCCACCUCUCCCCACACCUUGUCCUAAUUUGGGUCUGUGGUGUAGUGAGUCCCUGGUCUGACUCAGUGGAACCUUGCCCAUUGUCUGGAAGACAAUGAGAGAGGAAGUGAGCCAGCCCUGGCCUUUCCUCCCCGCUUCUGGCCUCAGGGCUGGGUUGGGGGGUGGGCAGGGCCGAACAGCUGGAGUGGGAUUGGGCAGCAGAGAUUUUCCUGGCUGCAAUCCGGCAAAGGGGCUGUCUCUUGGGAUCCUGUGGCUUUUUCUGGGAACACUGUCCUGGUCCUUUGCCCGGGUUUUAGGGAAGGAUGAGUAGUGUCGGGAUGGUGGAGGCAGGAGAAGAGAGCAGUGUGGUUUGCCGAGAUUUAGGGGUGCUGAGAUUUAGGGGUCUUGGAUCUGCCACUGGCUCUUGAUAGGUCCCUGGGCAGUCAGUGGCCUCCAGAUUUUUGUUGUGUCUUCAGUGAAAUGAUGCCGGGCCCCACUGCCCAGCUCACCUCCCAGGGCUGUAGGAGGCACCGGAGAUAAUGGCUGUGGAGGGUCUUGUAACCCGAACAUUGCUUGCAAACAUAAGGAAUUCUAGUUACUGGAAGGAAGCACAGGGCAAGGGCCAGAAGAAGCCCUCAGAUUAGAGGCACCCUGGCCUGGACGGAUCAGGAUCCACCAGCUUUGGGGGCGUGAGACCCAAACUGGCAAGAAUCUGCAGCUGGAACCAAGGCUGUGGGUGCCUCAGUGAAGGCCACCAAGUCAGACUGAUGCGGCCAGCGUUGACCCUCAUGGUCUCCUUUCUUCUGUCCCUUGACCUUCGGCCCCCUCCCUGUCUACCCUGGCCUCCAAGUCUCCACUCUUCCUUCUGUCUCAGCCCUCAGCUCUAGGCGCCCCUCCAGAGACCCAGCUAUCUUCCCAGGCCCCUCCCCAGCAAGGACUAGCUUCAUCUGAACCACACACACACUCACGGUUCAACCUCAGACUAAAAUUAUCCUCUCCCCUGGGCAGGAUGAAGGGCAGCCGACUCCCUGGUGAGGGUGGAGACAGACAGCACCAAAUGGUCAGGCCAGAGAAGGGGCCAGGGCUAAAAAUGGACAAGGAGGUGUUUGUGGAGGGCCCCUGCGGCUCCCGUGCCAUGGACGCGGGUUAGGGCUGGAGUCUGCCGAACGGCGGGUGCAGGAAGGGAGGGCGGGGCAGGACUGGGAGGAGACUCGGACCUUGGCUGGGCGGUGCCCUCCCUGUCCGCACAGCUGGGUGUGGGGCCGCUCAGCCACAGGCUGCAUGCCUGUCGGUCUUUUUCUGGUACCCUCCUUGAGGCCAGCGUCAGGCUUUGGGUGUUCAGUGGAAAGCGACUGGAGGCUGAGUUCCCCCCUCAUCACUCUCAGAGCACCUUCCGGAAGACCUCGCCAGCCCCUGGCCCAGCAGGGGAGGGGGCCCUGCAGAGCCUCACCUGCCUCAUUGGGGAGAAGGACCUGCACCUCCUGGAGAAGCUGGGCGAUGGCUCCUUCGGCGUGGUGCGCAGGGGCGAGUGGGACGCGCCCUCAGGGAAGACGGUGAGUGUGGCUGUGAAGUGCCUGAAGCCUGAUGUCCUGAGCCAGCCAGAAGCCAUGGAUGACUUCAUCCGGGAGGUUAAUGCCAUGCACUCGCUUGACCACCGAAACCUCAUCCGCCUCUACGGGGUGGUGCUCACGCCGCCCAUGAAAAUGGUGACAGAGCUGGCACCUCUGGGAUCGUUGUUGGACCGGCUACGUAAGCACCAGGGCCACUUCCUCCUGGGGACUCUGAGCCGCUACGCUGUGCAGGUGGCUGAGGGCAUGGGCUACCUGGAGUCCAAGCGCUUUAUUCACCGUGACCUGGCUGCCCGCAAUCUGCUGUUGGCUACCCGCGACCUGGUCAAGAUCGGGGACUUUGGGCUGAUGCGAGCACUACCUCAGAAUGACGACCAUUACGUCAUGCAGGAACAUCGCAAGGUGCCCUUUGCCUGGUGUGCCCCCGAGAGCCUGAAGACACGCACCUUCUCCCAUGCCAGCGACACCUGGAUGUUCGGGGUGACACUGUGGGAAAUGUUCACCUACGGCCAGGAGCCCUGGAUCGGCCUCAACGGCAGUCAGAUCCUGCAUAAGAUCGACAAGGAGGGGGAGCGGCUGCCCCGGCCUGAGGACUGUCCCCAGGACAUCUACAACGUCAUGGUCCAGUGCUGGGCUCACAAGCCAGAGGACAGACCCACGUUUGUGGCCCUGCGGGACUUCCUGCUGGAGGCCCAGCCCACGGACAUGCGGGCUCUUCAGGACUUUGAGGAACCGGACAAGCUGCACAUCCAGAUGAAUGAUGUCAUCACCGUCAUCGAGGGAAGGGCCGAGAACUACUGGUGGCGUGGCCAGAACACGCGGACGCUGUGUGUGGGGCCCUUCCCUCGCAACGUGGUGACCUCCGUGGCCGGCCUGUCGGCCCAGGACAUCAGCCAGCCCCUGCAGAACAGCUUCAUCCACACGGGGCAUGGCGACAGUGACCCCCGCCACUGCUGGGGCUUCCCGGACAGGAUUGACGAACUGUAUCUGGGAAACCCCAUGGACCCCCCCGACCUGCUGAGUGUGGAACUGAGCACCUCCCGGCGCCCCCAGCAUCUAGGAGGGGUGAAAAGGGAGCCUCCACCUCGCCCACCUCAGCCUGCCUUCUUCACUCAGAAACCAACCUAUGACCCUGUGAGCGAGGACCAAGACCCCCUGUCCAGCGACUUCAAGAGGCUGGGCCUGCGGAAGACAGGCCUGCCCCGAGGGCUGUGGCUGGCAAAGCCCUCAGCGCGGGUGCCGGGCACCAAGGCUGGCCGAGGCGGCGGGGCUGAGGUCACGCUCAUCGACUUCGGUGAGGAGCCCGUGGUCCCGGCCCUACGGCCCUGCGCGCCCUCCCUGGCGCAGCUGGCCAUGGACGCCUGCUCCCUGCUGGACGAGACCCCACCUGAGAGCCCCACGCGGGCCCUGCCCCGGCCCCUGCACCCCACGCCCGUGGUGGACUGGGACGCACGCCCGCUGCCUCCCCCGCCCGCCUAUGAUGACGUGGCCCAGGAUGAGGAUGACUUCGAGGUCUGCUCCAUCAACAGCACCCUGGUGGGCGCCGGGGUCCCUGCGGGGCCCAGCCGGGGCCAGACCAACUACGCCUUUGUGCCUGAACAGGCGCGGCUGCCCCCUCCCCUGGAGGACAGCCUGUUCCCCCCGCCCCAGGGUGGGGCCAAGCCCCCUCCCCUGGAGGACAACCUGUUUCCCCCGCCCCAGGUGGGGGCCAAGCCGCCCAGCUCCACGCAGACCGCACAGAUCUUCCAGGCGCUGCAGCAGGAGUGCAUGAGGCAGCUGCAGGUUCCGGCCAGCUCCCCGGCCCCCUCUCCCAGCCCGGGGGGUGACGACAAGCCCCAGGUGCCUCCUCGGGUACCCAUCCCCCCUCGGCCCAUGCGCCCACACGUCCAGCUGUCUCCAGCCCCCUCGGGCGAGGAGGAGGCCGGUCGGUGGCCUGGACCUGCCUCCCCUCCCCGGGUGCCUCCGCGGGAGCCCCUGUCCCCUCAAGGCUCCAGGACACCCAGCCCCCUGGUACCACCUGGCAGCUCCCCACUGCCACCCCGGCUCUCCAGCUCACCUGGGAAGACCAUGCCCACCACCCAGAGCUUUGCCUCAGACCCCAAGUACGCCACCCCCCAGGUGAUCCAGGCGCCUGGCCCGCGGGCUGGUCCCUGCAUCCUGCCCAUUGUCCGGGACGGCAAGAAGGUCAGCAGCACCCACUAUUACUUGCUGCCCGAGCGACCGUCCUACCUGGAGCGCUACCAGCGCUUCCUGCGUGAGGCCCAGAGCCCCGAGGAGCCGGCCCCCCUGCCUGUGCCUCUGCUGCUGCCCCCACCCAGCACCCCGGCCCCCGCCGCCCCCAUGGCCACCGUGCGGCCGAUGCCCCAGGCUGCCUUGGACCCUAAGGCCAACUUCUCCACCAACAACAGCAACCCAGGGGCCCGGCCGCCAGCCCCGAGGGCCACUGCUCGGCUGCCACAGAGGGGCUGCCCUGGCGACGGGCCAGAGCCGGGCCGGCCAGCAGACAAGAUCCAGAUGCUGCAGGCCAUGGUGCAUGGGGUGACCACAGAGGAGUGCCAGGCGGCCCUGCAGAGCCACGGCUGGAGCGUGCAGAGGGCUGCCCAGUAUCUGAAGGUGGAGCAGCUCUUCGGGCUGGGUCUGCGGCCCAGAGGGGAGUGCCACAAAGUGCUGGAGAUGUUCGACUGGAACCUGGAGCAGGCUGGCUGCCACCUUCUGGGCUCCUGGGGCCCUGCCCACCACAAACCAAGUCGGAGGUGCAUCCUCCGUUUGCCAGACCUCCUGUGCCUCUUGUUGUAUGCAGAGCGUCAUGAUGACAUAAGAACAGGAAGAAUGGAGAAAGAGCGCGUGCAGGUGUUUCCCGGCUGCAGGCUCAUCAAGCUUUCCAAUUUGGGUCUUCAGAUAUCCAGAAGCUUGAAGGAGCAGCCCUGUCACCAGACACGAUCCUUGCAAAGGGACAGCCUCCACCAGCCUCCAUGGAAGACGGACAGGCCCACAAAGGGGACAACAAAUCAACUGGCAAAUGAAGCGCUCAGCCAGCUUGGGAGUUCUGCUUUCCAUUUUAAAUUAAUACACUGGCCUUCUGGUUUGCACAUUGGUUGUCCUCCCGUGGGUCUGGCUGGCAGGCAUUGGUUUCUGAGGGGCUGGCUGUGUCUGGGGCAAGGUGGAGACCUCAAUCCUGGGCUGCCGGGAUGGGCCAAAGUAACCUUCGAUGGAGCAUCUCCCAACUCUAGAAUUACAGGGAUUUAUGAAAUGUGGAUCUUUCCUGAAUGUUAAAUUUGCUGAGGGCCA